AUACAAAAGCAGAAGUUGAACUUUCAAAGUAACGUCAUUCUGCGAGUGUAAGCGUAGGUUUUCUGUGAAAGAGUAAAAUUAAUGAUGGAGUGUGGGGAUGUUUUUGAGUUAGAACCAUCGUUGAAAAAUAUAUUAGACCAAAAAUCUUUGAAAUGGGUUUUUGUUGGCGGCAAAGGAGGUGUUGGAAAAACGACAUGUAGCUCGUGUUUGGCUGUUCAGCUGGGACGUGAAUCUGUUUUGAUUAUAUCUACAGAUCCGGCUCAUAACAUAUCGGAUGCAUUUGAUCAAAAAUUUUCAAAAGUUCCAACACUUGUGAAGGGCUUUUCCAACUUAUAUGCUAUGGAAAUUGACCCAAAUCUUGGAGCUACUCAACUACCAGAAGAAUAUUUCUCUGACGAUGAUCCCAUGAGACUUGGAAAAAAUAUACAGGAAUUGCUUGGAGCUUUUCCGGGUAUUGAUGAAGCAGUAAGUUAUGCAGAAGUGAUGAAAUUGGUAAAGAGCAUGAAUUUCUCAGUUGUUGUAUUUGACACUGCUCCAACAGGUCAUACGUUACGAUUAUUAUCAUUUCCUCAAGUUGUGGAAAAAGGUCUGGGGAAGUUACUUAGAUUGAAAUCACAGUUAAGUCCUUUCGUAUCACAGAUAGUUUCUCUUCUUGGAAUACAAGAAUUCACUGCUGAUAUAAUGUCAACAAAAAUCGAAGAAAUAUUGCCCAUAAUUCGGCAAGUGAAUGAGCAAUUUCGGGAUCCAGAUCAAACUACAUUUGUUUGUGUCUGUAUUGCUGAAUUUUUAUCUCUGUAUGAAACAGAACGAUUAGUUCAAGAACUUACAAAAUGUGGUAUAGAUACACAUAAUAUUGUGGUUAACCAGUUAUUGUUUCCAAAUGCAACAGAGAAACCAUGCUGUAUGUGUGCAGCUCGUUUCAAACUUCAAGAAAAGUAUUUAGAUCAGAUCUUGGAUUUAUAUGAAGAUUUUCAUGUCACAAAGUUGCCUCUUUUAGAUCAUGAAGUUCGUGGUGUCAAUCAUAUUGUAUCAUUUUCUUCUAAUUUGAUUGUGCCAUAUGAAGCUAAACUGAAAACCUAAAUUCUAUUUAAUUAAAUUCUAUUAUUAACUGAAAAGUUAAAUUCUAUUUUAGUAGUUUAUUAAUUAAAUAAUAAAUGUGAAUUUAACUUAAUGUGUUUAUUGGAAAAUUUGUUUUUGUAUUAUAUUUAACAUAAAUAUAAAUGAAAUAAUUGAAUUGUUAUUAAUUUUCAGUGUUUUUCUUUUCACAUGAUAUAUUUUCAUAAAAUAUUGUAUGGGCUCAAAUAUGAAAUGGUAUUGCAUUUAUGAAGGUUUUCACAGGACAGAGGGUUUUACAUCUUGAAAAUGUUUUAAAAAAAUGAAAUGCCUAAAAUAUCAUAUUUUGAAGAAGAAUUAAGUGCCUGUAUCUCUGUUUAAUGUAAAAGUUAAGGUGAAAAAUUGUUUUACUAUAUUUUGAAAUGCUUGUAUGUGCAUAUAAGAUAGAUUAUGUUUACAGAAAUGCAUUUUAAAGGGAAUAAACAUGUAUUUAGGCAUA